CCACCCGCCCCAAACAGGGCAUUCUGUCUUGUCUUUUUCACUCCUUCGUGAUUCCCCCUUUCUCUCCUUCUUUACCCCCAAGUCACCCCCUUUUUCUAUCUUUUUUUCUUACCCUUUGCUCUUGGACUUUUUGCCUUGUUUUUCUUUUCUUUUUUUCUUUCCUUUCGGGGCCCUUCCACACAGCCUUAUAUCCCAGAAUAUCAAGGCCGAAAAUCCCACAUUUUCCGAUAACCCAGUUCAAAGCAGUUAUUGUGGGAUUUUCUGAUUUGUUAUGCUGGGUUAUAGGGCUGUGUGGAAGGGCCCUCGGUCUCUUCCCAGACCCCUUCCACAAGCCCACAUUAUAUGGCCCUGUGGAGUCAGAUAGCCCAGUUCAAGCAGAUAUUGUGAUAUUCUGGGUUAUACUACUGUGUUGAACGGCCCCCAGUUUAUUCCCCCCCCCCCCCUUCGUCUGCUUCCUCUCUUUCCCCCUCUCCCUUUUUUCACCUUUCACUUUUCACCGCUUCUUGGAUCAUUUCUUGGCUCGAUCUGCACUGCCAUAUACUGUCCGUGUAGUGCAUUAUUUGGCAGCCUAAGGCCCCUUCCACACAGCUGAAUAAAAUCCCACAUUUUUUGCUUUGAACUGGAAUUUAUGGCAGUGUGGAGUCAGAUAACUCAGCUCAAAGCAGAUAUUGUGGGAUUUUCUGCCUUGAUUUUCUGGGCUAUAUGGCUGUGUGGAAGGGCCCCUAGUUUUAUCCUCGCCUGCUUUCUCUCAUUCCCCCUCUCCCUUUUUUCUUCUUUCACUUUUCGCCGCUUCUUGGGUCAUUUAUUGGCUCGAUCUGCCCUGUCCGUAUAUGCAUUAUUUGGCAGCCAUGGCUUGAAAGGCAUUUCCCAUCCACAUUCUACGAAAGUAUCUCUGCGUGUAUGUGAUUUGUCUUUGGGUUGCUGUGAGUUUUCCGGGCUGUAUGGCCAUGUUCCAGAAGCAUUUUCUCCUGACGUUUCGCCCGCAUCUAUGGCAGGCAUCCUCAGCGGUUGUGAGGUCUGUUGAAAACUAUAUAUCUGUGGAAUGUCCAGGGUAGGAGAAAGAACUCUUGUUUGUUUGAGGCAAGUGUGAAUGUUGCAAUUGGCCAUUUUGAAUAGCAUUGAAUGGCCUUGCAGCUUCAAAGCCUGACUGCUUCCUGCCUGGGGGAUCCUUUGUUGGGAGGUGUUAGCUGGACCUGGUUGAUUCCACCUCGAUUAGCACGGAAUACCCUUUCAGUUUCAAGCUCUGGCUGGGGUGAGAAAAUGUUUCUGGGACGUGGCCAUACAGCCCGGGAAACUCACAGCAACUCAGAGAUUUCGGCCAUGAAAGCUUUCGACAACACAUUUGCUUGCAGCUCUCGAUGUCGGAUUGGGACGGUUUCCCACCAUCGCGCGUAUUUUGUGUUCGAGGAUUUUAAAAAGAAGGGUUCCCCCUACGACGCCCACCCGACGGGGAUGAGCGGGGCCCUCAGCUACCACCCCUACGGCAGCCCGGCCUACUCCUACCAGCUCAACGACCCGGCCUAUCGGAAGAACGCCACGCGCGACGCCACGGCCACGCUCAAGGCCUGGCUGCAAGAGCACCGCAAGAACCCCUACCCGACCAAAGGCGAGAAGAUCAUGCUGGCCAUCAUCACCAAGAUGACCCUCACUCAGGUCUCCACCUGGUUCGCCAACGCCCGCCGCCGCCUCAAGAAGGAGAACAAGAUGACCUGGGCGCCGAGGAACAAGAGCGAGGACGAGGACGAGGACUGCGACGGAGGAGGAGGAGGAGGGGGCCUGCGGGGCAAGGAGGAGGCCGCCUCCGACAAGGCCCGUGACAGCAACGAGACCUCAGCCGAGGACGAAGGCAUCAGCUUGCAGGUGGAUUCGCUGACGGACCACUCCUGCUCGGCGGAAUCGGACGGCGAGAAGGGUCCUUGCCGGCAGCUCUGCGAGUCCGGCUCGGAGUGCAAAGCCAAGUACCAGCAGCUCGAGGAGGACGACGAGGAAGAAGAGGAGGAAGACGAAGAAGACGACGAGGAAGGGGAGGAGAUCCUGCCCGUGAAGCCGGCCACCUCCUCGCCGCUGACCGGCGUCGAAGCCCCGCUCCUGGGCCACCCCUUGGGUGAGGAUGCGGCCCGCAGCGCCGCCAAGGCCGCCUUGGACGCCCGCAUCCCGCCGGCUUCGUCGUCGUCCUCGGCGCCCUCCUCGCAGAGCAAGCCCAAGCUCUGGUCGCUGGCCGAGAUCGCCACUUCGGACCUUAAGCAGCCUCAUCCGCAGCAGCCCUGCCCGCCCUCGUCCUCCUCGCCCGCCCCGCCGCACAGCGCGGCCUACUCGCCCUCCUCGCUCCUGGGCAGGCAUAUUUAUUACACGUCGCCUUUUUACGGCAACUACACGAACUAUGGGAACUUCAACGCCGCCCUCCAGGGACAAGGCAUCCUGAGGUACAACUCCGCCGCCGCUGCCGCUGCCGCUGCCGCCGCUGCUGUGGCUUCGGGCGACGGACUGAGCGGCAGCCAUUGCGGCGGAGCGUCCGCGCACAAGUCGGUCCCGGAGGCCGCGCUCAAGAGCCUCGCCGGGCAUUUGGAGCAGCACUACAAGUCCCCCGCUACAGACUCCAAAAAAGACCCCACUGAAGUGUGCACAGUAGGAGUACAACCAUACCUAUAGAAAGGCAAUCACACAGCAGCCAGGCAAUCCGCAUGUAACUGAAACAUUGUGGAUGAUCUGGUGUUUUCCUUGGUCCACAGGUAGGUGUCACAAUUGCUUUGAGAAAAGUCAACAAGCCAUCAUCUUUCCCCCAAGCUAAUCUAUCUAUCUCUAUGUCUAUCUCUAACUCUAAAUCCGGAUCACAUCUUGUGCCACUGUAUAAAAAGAAGACCACAGAACACUAUUAAAUCGACAAGAUCCUCUCUAAUUAUUAUUAAACCAGAAUUUUGUUGGACAUUAUGUGAGUUCGCUGGUAUAGUCUAGUUUCCCCCUAUGUAUGUGUGACUUUUAAAAAAGGAAGAAGAAGAAGAAGAAGGAAAAAAAGCUGUUUUUUUCUCAGGAUAUCUUGAAAUGAUCACUUCAUUGCCACGGUAUAUAUAUCUAUAUUCUGUAGGUGUGAUAGGAUUAUUGUACAAACUCUUUGUAAAAGAUACAUACAGUUAGGGGUUAAUUCAAGAAACCGGGACUGAAGAACUUGAGGACCGACAACAAAGUGGAAACAAAUUUGAUAUUUAUUUUUGUAAUGAUAUAAGAGCUUCUAGUAAUUUAUGCAAGUUGUAUUGCAAUGGAAUCCCAACUCUUUUGUAAAUAAAUUAUGCCUGGUUUUUAUUUGAGACAUUGAUGGUUAUACAAUCCCUCGUUGUUUAACGAGAAUUCUUUACUAAUUUAUAUCUUUAAUUGUAAAUAAAAACAGAUUAGUCUACAACAA